UGAGUAUUGAGAUUAUUUUGUAAAAACAACAAAAUUAAAUAAAGAAUUUGCACAUUUUAAAAGUAUUCAAAAUAAUACCUAAAUGUUUAUAAAAGCAUACAUUUGACUAGCAAAAACUAAAAGUAUUCCGUAACCUGUACAAGACAUGAUUGAAUUUCACUAUCAGUUUUCUUAGCGUAAUGAUGAUCAUAGAAUGUAUGAUAAAUGAAAAAAAACUGCCUAAUAAUCCCGAGCAUUUACCAAAGCAUAAUUUUCAUUCCUCGUUAUUUCGCUUUAAGUUAUAAUAAUAAGUUGAGAUGGAGAAAGAAGAUGGCAUCGGCCGGGGUAAUCUGCUGGACGACAUGCCGCCGAUCAACUGCGACCUGGUGCUGGAGGAGCCGUACGGCGGCAGCCACGACAUCGGUGACGUCACCUUCUGCCUCGGCAACUACGUUCCUGACUUCAUGAAGAUGCUGUUCACAAUGCGGUCCCAUCACAUGCUCACCGACGUCGUUUUAGAAGUCGGCAACGAGCUAUUUCAUGUACAUAAAGUAGUUUUAGCGGCGGGUAGCCCGUAUUUUAAGGCGAUGUUCACGAGCGGUCUGAAAGAGAGCGAGAUGUCGCGGGUCCGGCUGCAGGGCGUCUGUCCGUCGGCGAUGGCGUGGCUCGUGUACUUCAUGUACACCGGCAAGGUGCGCAUCACAGAGGUCACAGUGUGCCAGCUCCUGCCCGCCGCCACCAUGUUCCAGAUAUCUAACGUGAUAGACGCGUGCUGCGCCUUUCUCGAACGGCAACUGGACCCGUCCAACGCCAUAGGCAUCGCCAACUUCGCUGAGCAGCACGGCUGUGUGGAUCUCAAACAGAAGGCCAACCAGUUCAUAGAGAGGCAUUUCACACAAGUAUGUAAGGAGGAGGAGUUUCUACAGCUAACGCCGCAGGAGCUAAUAUGUUUGAUUCGGAAAGACGAAUUGAACGUAAGGGAAGAGAGAGAAGUCUACAAUGCAGUGUUGAGUUGGGUGAAACACGACGAGGACCGGCGGUACCCUCGCAUGGAGCACAUCCUACAGGCGGUGCGAUGCCAGUACCUCACGCCUAGCUUCCUCAAGGAGCAGAUGAGCACAUGCAAGCUGCUCAAGAAAGUCCCCGCCUGUAGAGAGUACUUAGCUAAAAUAUUCAUGGAUCUGACGCUACACAAGAAGCCGGUGGUGAAGGAGCGGCGGCCGAACACGCCGCGCGUCAUCUACGUCGCCGGCGGCUACUACCGACACUCCAUAGACCUGUUCGAGGCGUUCAACCUCGACGACGGAGCUUGGACUACCCUGCCCCGACUGACCGUGCCGCGCUCUGGACUCGGCGCGGUCUUCCUCAAGGGUCUGUUCUACGCGGUGGGCGGUCGCAACACGUCGCCGGGCUCGUCGUACGACAGCGACUGGGUGGACGUGUACAACCCCGCCACUGAGCGCUGGCGGCCAUGCUCGCCCAUGUCCACGCCCCGACACAGGGUAGGCGUAGCCGUAAUGGACGGAUUGCUGUACGCCGUCGGCGGCUCAGCUGGCUCGGAAUAUCAUAAGACUGUCGAAUGUUACGACCCAGAAAAGGACGCAUGGACGUAUGUAGCGGCGAUGGGCGUGGCCCGCUUGGGUGUGGGCGUGGCCGUGGUAAAUCGCCUGCUGUACGCCGUAGGUGGAUUCGAUGGCGCGCGCCGCCUCCCAUCGGUCGAGUGUUACCAUCCAGAGAAUAAUUGCUGGACGCAACGCGCACCCAUGGUUGUCGCUCGGUCCGGAGCAGGCGUGGCUGCGAUGAACCAGUACAUAUACGUGGUGGGCGGGUACGACGGCGCGGCGCAGCUGGCGAGCGUGGAGCGGUACGACACGGAGCGCGACGUGUGGGAGCCCGCCGCGCCCGUCGCCGUCGCCCGCUCCGCGCUAUCGCUCACUGUGCUCGAUAAUAAACUGUAUGCUACGGGCGGCUACAACGGCAGCUCGUUCCUGGACAUAGUGGAGGUGUACGACCCGGCCACGGACAGCUGGACGGCGGGGCCGACGCUGACGUCUGCGCGCUCCGGCCACGCGUCCGCCGUGUGCAACAUGCUGCCCGACCCCGCCCCCGCGCCCCCGCCCGCCCCGCCCUCCACCUCCCGCGACGCGCCCCUCCGCCCCGCCUUAUAGCACGAGCGAUCACUGUAGAGGACGAACACUGCACGCUCGAGCUGGCGUACGCGCACGCAACAUGUGCGGCGAUGUCGUGCAUAGCGAGCGGGCUUGCAUGUUACUAUGUCGCAGUCGCAGCUCGAGACGACUCACCACGAGGAGAAACUCAACGUAGAGCAAGAGAAGAUCAGUGCGAAGCUGUAGCCUGCGAAAACGCCAAAAUAGACCACAGCAGGCAUGAACUACCAGACAUGUCUCCAAAGUAAAUCUAGUGCAAGAAAACAUAAACCGAAGAUAACUUUUGGCGCAAGAGCGCUAAUGGUACGCGCAAAAUAUUAUGUGUGAAACAUAUCUACGUGUUCUUGGUGUCUUCGCUCUUUUGUGAAUUAAAAACAUAAAGAACAAGGGUGAUAUGGUUUAACUCGGUGAACGUGUCAUAAUAUAGGGAAUACAAAACGCGUGGUAGGUAGUGAUAAAUCUAUUAUUUGUACUUCCACUAAAUGUAAAAUAGUCGUAAGUUAAAUAUUCGUACGUCGA